UUUCAAUACCUUCAUCCUCGUCUAAACCCAGCCUUCACCCAAAAAUGGCCACCUCUGCUAUCCAGCAAUCCGCCUUUGCCGGCCAGACUGCCUUGAAGCAAUCCAAUGAGCUCGUCCGAAAGGUCGGCGCUUUCGGUGGCAGCCGCUUCACCAUGCGGCGGACGGUCAAGAGUGCUCCUCAAAGCAUAUGGUAUGGUCCAGAUCGCCCAAAAUACUUGGGACCCUUCUCUGAACAAACACCAUCCUACCUGACUGGAGAGUUCCCUGGUGACUACGGCUGGGACACAGCCGGUCUAUCAGCAGACCCCGAGACUUUCGCCAAGAACCGUGAGCUCGAGGUGAUCCACUCCAGAUGGGCCAUGCUCGGUGCAUUAGGCUGCGUCUUCCCUGAAGUCCUUGCAAAGAAUGGUGUCAAGUUCGGUGAAUCAGUCUGGUUCAAGGCCGGUUCACAGAUCUUCUCCGAAGGUGGCCUCGAUUACCUUGGCAACCCAAACCUCGUCCACGCACAGAGCAUCCUAGCCAUCUGGGCUUGCCAGGUUGUGCUGAUGGGGUUCGUGGAAGGCUACCGGGUUGGGGGCGGUCCCCUUGGUGAAGGGCUGGACCCAAUCUACCCAGGAGGGGCGUUCGACCCACUGGGAUUGGCGGAUGACCCAGAUGCCUUUGCUGAGUUGAAAGUGAAGGAGCUGAAGAAUGGAAGGCUGGCAAUGUUCUCCAUGUUUGGAUUCUUCGUGCAGGCUAUUGUCACUGGAAAGGGUCCUAUUGAGAAUCUGUUCGACCAUGUUGCAGACCCUGUUGCCAACAAUGCUUGGGCUUAUGCCACCAACUUCGUCCCCGGAAAAUGAAGAAUCGAGCAGCUUCGUCCCUCUCCUUUACAGUCGAGCAGGUUCGGUAGGAAACGACUGUUCUUGACUCCAUGAGUGAGCGCUGUGUAAUGUCUGUAGUACAAACUUCCUGCAAUCGAAUUUGUAUGAUUGAAGUUCAAAGUUGUGUGCUUUGUGAUGUUUAUAUAGAAUUUCUAAUUAGAUGAACUGCUACUUCCUUGUUUUAACCAAAA